UUACAAAUUUAUGCAAAAUGUUAUAACCACCUCGCAACAAGCAUUAACCGCCGCGGAGCGUGGUUACACCGUAUCGAAAUGGUUGAUAUCGCAACAAGCCAAAUUCGGGACAAAAAGAGUCACGCAAAAAAGAAGACACAUGCUUAAACUCAUACACCCAGAGGAAAAAUACACCCACAAGGUAAUGCAAAAUGGAAAACUCAUAGCAGAUAAUGCACUGCCAAAGUCGUUGCUGUGCAAUUCUGCAAUAAGGAAACUAGUAUACGCCAAUACGGUUGAAGCACAAAACUUAGCGAGUAAAAUUAAUUGGGAUGCAUAUAAAUGCGAUGUAAGAGGAGUUAGGUGGCAUCCCUCUGGAUCAUGGUUGGUGCAAUUCAACAGACGCAACUACGAAAAAAACUUCUUCGUCAAUUGUAAAUGCUACUUCAGCGUCCAAAAAUAUGGAUUCUUUGAAGCAAAACAAAUGGCUAUCGCAUAUCGCAAAAGGCUGGAAGCCGAAUAUGCAGAAUUACACGACACAUGGGAUAGAAUAGAUAGAGAAAGACUAGAACAGACAAGACAGAAACGUGAUUAUCAUGAGAAAGUAAAGGAAGAAGAGGAGUUCCUACUGGCAGAUUCCAAACCAGUACAAAAUGAUAUCUAAACAAAUUAUU